CGCCCGGUCCCGUCGUCCUCCUUUCUCACACAUAUCGCUCCCCCCGUGGUUUCUAGCACCUUCCCCUAGGGUUAGCUCCUCCGUCUUCGCUUCCAGAACCUUCCGCAAGGGCGGCCGCGAUGUGGCACGAGGCGCGGCGGUCGGAGCGGAAGGUCCACGACCUCAUGGACGCGGCCCGCCGCCGGGCGCAGCGCCGCGCCGCCUACCUCGCCCGCCGCCGCGGCGACCCGCAGCAGGCGCUCCAGGUCUCCGGCACCCGAUGCCGCGUCUACCGCGACGACGCCCUGUACCAGGCCACCGAGGACCAGCAGGGAUUGAUACCAUGGAAUGGAAAGCAAGAUGUUUUGAUUGACAGAUUUGAUGGUCAUGCUCUACUUGAUUUCAUCCGAGACCCGAGCUCUCGUCCUUUUCGAGUCCAAGAAAAGUCUGAAGAAGAGGAAGAGUUAGAGGAAUUUGUUAAUUUUGAACGUUAUCAGGAUUUGAUUAAGCACCGUCGUAGAGGAUUUUCUGAUGAGGUGGGUUUGCAGCAUGUUGUGCAAGAGCUGGAGGCAAAAGCUGUUCUUCCUUUUAGCUUUGAGAAACCUCAAGCCUCACAGCCUCCUGCUAGCAAAGGUUCAUAUUCACAGGUUGGGUACUCAUAUAAAGGUGAUGGAAAUGAGGAACCUGAAGACCUAAACAGUGAUGAUGACGAUGAAGAGGAAGAAGAUGAUGACGAUGACAAGGACUUCAGUAGUGAUGACAGCAACGAUGAGCGGAUGGAAAGUAUAGCCAAGGAAUUUGGGGUAAAAAGAUAUAACUGGCUUGUUUACAUGGACAAAAAGGCUAAAGAAGAAGAGAAGCGGCAGAAAGAAAUUAUUAAAGGCGAUCCUUCCAUCAAAAAGUUGAGCCGUAGGGAAAGAAGAAAAGCUUCCCAAAUUGAGAGAGAGAAAGAGCGGGAGGCCGCACGUUCUGUCGGAAGGGUAUCUUAUCGUGAUCCUUAUAGGGAACAGCGGAGAAGCCCAUCAUAUGAAGCGUAUUCGAGGGGCAGAAGAUCAAGGUCACGAUCAAGAUCUCGUUCACCAUCCUAUUCUAGACGUCAUGGCCGUAGCAUACAUGCUGAAAGCAGUCAUCGAAGCAAGCCAAAGGCUCCAAGGGUAGAAUACAUUACUGAAUUUGGAGGUUCAGAUGACAGCAGUGAACCAAAAGUUUCAGGGAUCUCUCCGCCUUCGUCUCCAAUACGAAUUGACAUACCUAACCGGUCGUCAGGUGGUCAAAUUCUUGAGGCACUUCACAGUGAUCCUGCAUCUUCUUUGUCUGUGGAACAGGAAAGAAGUGCAAAACUUUUGAAACCCCUCCCCAGUACAUCAGCUGCACUAGCCAAACUAAGCAAGGGUGCUUCUGGAGUAACUGGUAAAACUCCCCAGACUGAAAAGAAAGAAACACCACAAGAAAGACUUAAGAGGAUAAUGAGCAAACAGCUUAACAAGCAAAUUCGAAAGGACACAGCUGCUGAGAUUGCAAAGAAACGAGAACAGGAACGGCAAAGGCAGGAAAAGCUUGCAGAAGUGGGUCGAUACAGGCGUCGUAGCUGCAGUAGAAGUCUUAGCCGAUCUCCACCAAGAAGGCGGCGAUAUAGCAGAAGCCCUAGUAGGAGCAGAAGCCCAAGAAGGUACCACCGUUCUCGCUCGCGCUCCAGUUCCCGGUCACCUUCUCACUCACCAAGGUACCGAAGCAGGUCAAGACACUGAAAGCAUCCUAGAUUCCCAGCUCUGCUGAUGAAGUGCCCUCCAUUGUAGUCUUACCAUGUUUUAGUUUUAUUUAGCUCUUACCUUUCCGUGUCCUGUCAUUGUGUAGCCACGGGAAGCUUAUUUGUUCGCCCUUUUAGUAUUAUUGUUAUUAUUAUAGUUGAGAGUGUACUGUGAAUGGAUUCGGGGUUGCGCUGUUAUCAGCUAAAUAAACUGCAAUGCUGUUUGUUUUACUUGAAGACCGGUUAAUUUGUUCU